CACAUUUACAGCUAAAACUAAGAUAGGCGUGUUUAGAAAGGCAGUUGUCGCCAGAGAAGAAUAAGAGCAAAUUUAAAAAUCUAUAGCCAAGACAGUUCGGAGGGUCGACGUUGGAUGCGGUGACUGGGAGCUGAGGAGGAUUUUUCCUAUGGAAUCCGACCUAACAAUGAAGAUGGUACGAACAAAAGUACAGCACAACAAAAGGCAAGUGGCGAUCUUCAUUUUAUUGAUGUUCUUGCGGAAGGUGGGGUCAGAAUCCAUUCAGUAUUCAGUACUAGAGGAAGCAGAGAGUGGAACGUUUGUGGCCAACUUGGCAAAGGACCUGGGACUUGGGGUGGGAGAGCUGGCAGCACGGGGCGCCCGGGUUGUUUUCAAGGGGAGCAGACAGCAUUUGCUGCUUGACCCACAGACCCAUAAUUUACUGCUAAAUGAAAAACUUGACAGGGAGGAGCUGUGCGGCUCCAUUGAGCCGUGUGUGCUUCCUUUCCAAGUGUUACUGGAAAACCCCUUGCAGUUUUAUCAGGCUGCCUUGCGAGUCAGAGAUAUAAAUGACCAUGCCCCAGAGUUUCCUUCCAGAGAAAUGAUAUUGAAAAUAUCAGAAGUUACUACGCCAGGAAAAAUAUUUCUUUUAAAAAUGGCAAAUGAUUUAGAUGUUGGCAGCAACAGUCUUCAGAGUUACACAAUCAGCUCCAAUCCUUACUUCCACGUUCUCACCCGCAAUCGCAGCGACGGCAGGAAGUUCCCGGAGCUGGUGCUGGACAAGGCGUUGGACCGAGAGGAGCAGCCUCAACUCAGGCUGACACUCACCGCGCUGGACGGCGGGUCUCCGCCCAGGUCAGGAACGUCAGAGAUUCAGAUCCAGGUUUUGGACAUCAAUGACAACGCCCCUGAGUUUACUCAGGAGUUCUAUGAGGCGCAAGUCCCCGAGAACAGCCCCUUUGGCUCUCUGAUUACUACGGUCUCAGCCAGAGAUUUAGAUGCAGGAUCCUUUGGGGAGGUAUCCUAUGCUCUAUUUCAAGUCGAUGAUGUUAACCAACCUUUCGAAAUUAACACAAUCACAGGAGAAAUUCGACUGAGGAAAGCUUUGGAUUUUGAGGAAUUUCAGUCUUAUCAUUUGGAUAUUGAGGCCACAGAUGGUGGAGGCCUAACAGGAAAAUGCUCUUUGGUCCUCAAGGUCCUGGAUGUGAAUGACAACGCCCCUGAAUUGACCAUCUCAUCACUCUUCAGCCCCAUCCCAGAAAACUUGCAGGAGAUCAUAGUGGCAGUUUUCAGUGUUUCAGAUGCAGAUUCUGGACAUAACCAACAGGUUAUUUGUUCUAUAGAUAACAAUCUCCCUUUUAUUCUAAAACCGUCAGUGGAAAAUUUUUACACUCUGGUAACGGAAGGUGCCCUGGACAGAGAGACCAGAGCUGAGUACAAUGUCACCAUCACCGUCACUGACUUGGGAACACCCAGGCUGAAAACACAGCUCAACAUAACAGUGCUGGUUUCUGACAUCAAUGACAACGCCCCCGCCUUCACCCAAACCUCCUACACCCUGAGGAACCAGGCGGCGUCUACAGGUCUCUACUCAGUGCCUGAGGGCCAUUUUCUAGGCCACCUGGUGGAUGUCAGUGGCACUGGGACCCUGUCCCAGAGUUACCAGUAUGAGGUGUGUUUGACCGGAGGCUCAGCGACCAGCGAGUUCAAGUUUCUGAAGCCAAUUAUCCCCAACUUAGCUGGAACGAUGGAGACGCUGCAGCCCAAAGCGCCAGAGAAAAGGCAAGUGACCGCCAUUAUUUUGCUAUUACUGUUGUGGGAGGCGGGAAGUGCUGCUAUUAAGUAUUCCCUCUUAGAAGAGAGAGAGAGUGGCUUUUUUGUGGCCAACCUAGCAAAAGAUCUGGGGAUGAGUGUAGGGGAGAUGGCUGCGCGGGGGGCCCGAAUUCUUUCGAAAGGGAACAAACAGUAUUUGCAACUCGAACAGAAGAGUGGGAAUUUGCUGCUUAAAGAAAGAUUGGACAGAGAAGAAUUGUGCGGUGACAUGGAUCCAUGUAUACUGCACUUCCAGGUAUUACUGAAAAAUCCAGUUCAGCUUAUUCAAGGUGAACUACAGCUCCAAGAUGUAAAUGACCAUGCCCCAGAAUUCUUGGAAAAUGAAAUACUCCUAAAAAUCUCUGAAAGCAGCCAUCCAGGAACUCUAUAUCCUUUGAAUAUAGCUCAAGAUUUGGAUGUAGGUAUCAACACAGUUCAGAACUAUAUAAUUAGCACUAAUGCCCAUUUCCACCUUUUCACCCGCAAUCUGAGCGAUGGCAGGAAAUACCCAGAGCUGGUACUGGACAAAGCCCUGGACCGAGAGGAACAGCCUCAGCUUAGAUUAACCCUCACUGCGAUGGAUGGUGGGUCACCGCCCAGAACUGGGACUUCCCAGGUUCUCAUUGUGAUUCUGGACAUCAAUGACAAUGCCCCUGAAUUUGUUCAGAGGUUGUAUGAGGCUCAGGUCCCAGAGAAUAGCCCUAUAGGUUCCCUUGUCAUCAAGGUCUCUGCCAGAGAUUUAGAUGCUGGGAUCAACGGAGAGCUCUCCUAUUCGUUUUUCCAAUCCUCAAACCGAGUCAUUCAGGCUUUUGAAAUAAACACAGUCACGGGAGAAAUUAGAUUAAAGAAGGUGUUGGAUUUUGAGGAAAUUCAAUCUUACCGUAUGGAAGUUGAGGCUUCAGAUGGUGGGGGUCUUUCAGGAAAAUGCGCGGUGGUCAUAGAAGUGAUGGAUAUAAACGACAAUGCCCCUGAACUGACCAUGUCUUUACUCAUCAGUGAUAUCCCAGAAAACUCCCCAGAAACUGUGGUUGCUAUUUUCAGAAUUUCAGAUCCAGACUCUGGGGACAAUGGAAAAAUGAUGUGUUCCAUCGAAGACCAUCUCCCCUUCCUUCUAAAACCUACUGUAGAAAAUUUCUUUACCUUGGUAACAGAAGGAUUGUUGAACAGGGAGACCAGAGCCCAGUACAACAUCACCAUCACAGUCACUGACAUGGGGACACCUAGACUGAAAACAGAGCACAGCAUAACAGUGCUGAUCUCCGAUGUCAAUGACAACGCCCCCACCUUCACCCAAACCUCCUACACCCUGUUUGUCCUGCUGCUGGUGGACGGCUUCUCCCAGCCCUACCUGCCGCUCCCGGAGGCGGCGGCGGAGCAGGCCCAGGCCGACUCGCUCACCGUCUACUUGGUCAUCGCCUUGGCCUCGGUGUCGUCGCUCUUCCUGUUCUCGGUGGUGCUGUUCGUGGCGGUGAGGCUAUGCAGGAGGCACAGGGCGGCGUCUGCGGGUCUCUGCUCGGUGCCUGAGGGCCACUUUCCAGGCAACCUGGUGGAUGUCAGUGGCACUGGGACUCUGUCCCAGAGUUACCAGUAUGAGGUGUGUCUGACAGGAGGCUCUGAGAUCAGCCAGUUGAAGGCUCUUAAACCUAUAUUCCCCAACUUCUUGGUUGAAGAGGCUGGUAGAAACAUGUAA